CUGUGUAUGCAUUAAGAGAAAGUGUCGUUGCCAUGACAACACAAAACGUUGACAUGGCGUCCCUGUUACCAGACCAGUUGUUUGAAACGUCUGGACGCGGUCCUGCACCCAAUACCAAUUUUUAUUCUUUAAUAAUCACCAAGUCAGAUGUGAUAUGGAGAUGGUGGAAGAUAUCCCCGAGAACUGUAGACAGGAACACCAAACCUGGGGAGCUCAUGGAGUCUCACCAGGACUUCUUGGAUGACAGUGUGCUGCAAAGGGAGGUCGGUAUGGUUUUCGGUCAUCGAAUCUUGGACUACAUCAAGGCUUUGUGCCAAGGCCAUUUUGAUUAUCUAGAGCGCCUGUCCGACUCGUUACUUCUGCGGAUAAUAAAUUAUCUAGAACUAGAGGAUGUGGGUCAGCUUGGACGAACGUCACGCAGGUUCAUGCAGCUAUGUGGAUCAGAGGGGUUUUGGGAGCAGGUAGUGCAGCGGCGCUGCAACACAGUGCCGGCUGAGGUUGGGUCUCUGGCGCUCGAGGUGGGCUGGCGCCGCAUCUUCUUCACCAGCAAGCUGCAGCUGCAGAAGCUGAUCAGCCGCAGGAGGCUGAAGACUGAGGAGCAUCAAGAAGGACAGGCCCCUGAAUCCGAUUCAGAGGAAUCUCCUGAUGAAAGCUCAGAGACAGAGCAGACAUUCGGUUCUGAGGAGAAGAAGUAAAGGAGAAUGCCAUACAGACAAGACACUGAGUUAAUCCUUUUGUCUGAUGUUGCUAAGUUCUGUUUCUGUUGUAUUGAAAUGCCAUUUAUACACAUUCCUUAUCCUAAAAGGAGUUGUGUAUUGAUUAUAAUAUCUUUUUAUAUUUGUCAAUUGUAAAUUAUUUGUUUAUGUUUGUUUGAUAUGAUUUUUUAGUUGUCAAUCCUGAUAUCCAUUGUGCCAUGACUUUUCUGACGUAGCACACAUUAAUAACACGGACAGAAAAUACCACAGGACCAUAUCUUUUGUUCAUUGUAAUAUACAAUAUUGUAAGUUCUAGAUGUAAUUUAAAUUUUUAAAUUUAAUAUGCAGUUCUGCUGUCUGUGUCAUUUC